ACGAAACACAUCCAGACAGCGCUUUCGAUCUCCCUUCUCUCUCCUUCGUCUCCUCCGUGUAACGAAGCCCUCCGACAACGCCGUUCUUCCCUCUCUGGCUUCUCCUCUCUCCGCCGGUUACCAUUUCUCUAGAAAAUUGAAAACAUGGUACCAGAGAGGCCGUGAAAGCUAGAUAGUCAGAUCUCAUUUACAGAAAGAGAGAAAGAGAAAGCCACGACGAAACCUCCAGUACCAGUGGGUGUAUGUCUGAUUUUGGAUUAUAUUGCUGAAACACUACAACAGAAGCAGAAGUGGAGAAAUCUGAAGAAGCCAAGUAGCUUCCAACAGGACCAAGCUCUGAAUAAUCACUUGUGUUUACCAAAGAAAAAAAUUAAUUUGCAUAUAUACAACUACUUGAGAAGGAAAAGUUCAUAAAGCCACUGUAACAGCCACAAAAUUAUCAUUUGAAAGAGUCAUGGAUUGGAAAACCACGAAACACGCACGAGUAUAAAGAUGGUCUAAACAAGUUUUUGGAUUUCGCCUUUGAGCAUCGAUCUCUCAGGGGUCGUUAAAUUAAAUGCCCUUGUCCGGUGUGUGAUUUUGGCAAGUGGCAAACAAGAGAGGAAGUUUUUGAACAUUUAAUAGUCAAGCCAUUUCCAGAAAACUACAAAGUUUGGUAUUGGCAUGGUGAAGAAGCAGUGGAGUUGGGUCACAAGCUCAUCAAACUAGUCAAAUUGUACAAGAUGAUUCGACAUCUCAACAUCCAAUGGUAACAACGCUCAAUGACGCGUUUGGAGUUGCUGGACCUGACUUGAAUGAAGAUGGAGAUGGAGAUGAAUACAACAUAGAAGAUGGAGAUGGAGAUGAAGACAACAUAGAAGAUGCAGAAAAUGAAGAGCACAAUGGAGAAAAUGUAGAAUUUUACAAGUUGUUGGAAGAUGGUAAUGAGCAAUUGUAUGAAGGGUGCACAAAGUAUUCAAAACUGUCUUUCUUGAUUAGUCUGUAUCACAUAAAGUGCUUAUACAGAAUAAGUGACAAAGCCAUGACCGAAAUCCUCAAGUUAAUAAAAGAUGCUUUUGGAAAUGCGAAGAUUUCAAACACAUUCUAUGAGGCCAAGAAAAUCAUAAACAAACUAGGGCUUAAUUAUACCAAGAUACCUGCUAACCCUAAUGACUGCAUGUUAUAUUGGGAGGAGGAUGAAGAUUUGCAAGAAUGCAAAAGAUGCAAGACAUCUAAAUGGAGUGAUGCUAAAAAGAAGAAACCGGCAAAGAUCUUGCGAUACUUUCCACUAAAACCGAGACUUCAGCGAUUAUUCAUGUGUUCUAAGACUGCACAAUUAAUGCAAUGGCAUGCUUCGGCAGAAAAGAAAGAUUCGAAGAUGAGGCAUCCGCGGGAUUCUGAAGCUUGGAAGACAUUCGAUUUACUUCAUGAUAAGUUUGCCGAAGAUCCUCGAAAUGUACGUCUUGGUCUUGCAGCUGAUGGAUUCAACCCUUUUGGAACUUUGCGUACAAACUAUAGUGUUUGGCCAGUGGUGCUUAUUCCAUACAAUCGACCUCCAUGGGAGUGCAUGAAGCCAACAUCACUUAUCUUGUCAAUGAUUAUUCCCGGAGAGAAAAUACCGGGAACAACAUAGACGUAUACUUACAACCUCUUAUCAAAGAGUUAAAAGAUUUGUGGUAUGAUGGUGUUCAAACAUUCGAUAGGUUCAAGAAUGAAAUGUUUACAUUGCGAGCAGCAUUAAUGUGGACAAUUAGUGAUUUUCCAGGCCUUGGUAACCUAUCUGGGUGGAACGUACACAGUAAAUAUGCUUUUCCCACAUGUAACUUCAACACUGAUUCAUAUAGAUUAAAGCAUGGUGGAAAAUGGUAUUUUUUGGGGCAUCUCCGUUUCUUAGAAAGGGGUCAUAAGUUUAGGCUAAGUCGUGCAAAAUUUAAUGGAAAAGUUGAGUUGAGGGAUUCCCCAGCAGCACUAACAGGGUCAGAAAUAUUGGAACAACUUGAAGGCAUCAAUGUUUCAUUUGGGAAGGAACUACAGGCAAGUAAAGGUAAGAGGACUCGACGAAAAGUUGUUGAAGAAGAUGAUGAAUCGGGGAUGUGGAGGAAGAAAAGAAUAUUUUUUGAUCUUCCUUAUUGGGAGUCUAACUUAUUGCGCCACAAUCUAGAUGUUAUGCAUAUUGAAAAGAAUGUUUGCGACAAUGUGUUAUACACCUUUCUCAAUGAGACUGGAAGGUCAAAGGAUAAUCUCAAAGCUCGUAAGGAUCUUAAAGAAAUGGGUAUAAGAAAAGAUUUAUGGCCAGAUGAAAAUGGGAGAUAUCAUCCAUCUUUGUUCACAAUGUCAAAUUCUAUGAAAGAUAUAUUCUUGCGUACUAUAAAGAAUAUUAGAGUACCAGAUGGUCUCUCGAGUAAUAUUUCACGGUGUUUGACCUGAAGCAAAGAAAGCUCUCUGGAUUGAAGAGCCAUGAUUGUCACGUCCUUAUGCAGCAACUAUUACCCAUUGCCAUACGUAAUGUGCUACCAGAUAAAGUUACUGUAGUGCUAAUAGAGUUGUCUUCAUUCUUUCAACAGUUGUGCUCUAAAAGCUUAAGUCUUACUGAACUUGAGAAGCUCCAACCUCGAAUAAUCCUUACCCUUUGUCAUUUAGAAAUGUUGUUCCCUCCUUCUUUCUUUACAAUCAUGGUUCAUUUAACCUGUCAUCUAGUUGAUGAAGCAAAACUUGGAGGACCAGUACACUAUAGGUGGAUGUAUCCUAUUGAGAGGUAUUUAGGACAUUUGAAGUCCUAUGUACGAAACAAAGCUAAAUCAGAAGGUUCUAUAGCUGAGGGAUAUGUGGCUGAAGAAGCUCUUACAUUUUGCUCUUGGUACUUAGAAGGGAUUGAGACAAGAUUUAAUAGGCCACCACGUGUUGAUGAUCGUCCGGAUGGUAAUUACAGUACACAUGUUGAUUCACUUUUUUCACAAAUGGGUAACUCUAAGGGAGCUUUCACAGUAUUUGAGUUGUCACCUAUGGAAAAAAAACAAGCACAUCGCUAUGUGGUUCUAAAUUGUCCGUAUGUCAAACCGUUCAUUGAAUGAAUAUGAAAAUAGUACACGCCUUCAUUUAUUAGCGAAGGAUGUGCAUAAUUUGCCAGAAGGUUUGCGCAUAGUCGUCAAUUUUGAUAAGCAUCAUGCAGCAAUAGGAGAAGCAGCUGGACUCCUUGCAGGAGUUUGUGGGCAAUUGGCCACUGAUUAUGUAGCAUUUCCAAUCAGUUUUGAAAAGUGGUCAGACAUUCCAGCAAGCUUUUUUGAAAAUCAAUGGAAUAUUUUUUUCCUAGCUCGAUUUUGCUUCAAAGUGAGUGAUAACUUGGCCAAACGAUUUUUGCUGCAAUCACUUGGCAAAAAAUGGAGGGAACAUAGGAUAAAGCUUUGGAAUGAUUUUUAUGAUCCGAGGUUGAGUAAAACCGAGAUCAUAAAUAAUGCACCAGAAGAUAUUGCUCCUGAUCAAUGGGCUUUAUUUGUAGAAUAUCGUUUGAAGCCUGAAACUCAGAAACUUUGUAAGAGGAAUCAAGAAAUUCGACAAAAACAAAUAAUUUCUCAUACUUCAGGUGCUAAAUCAAUUGCAAGAAGAAAGGCUGAAUUGACGGAAGAGACGGGAAAAGAAGUUAGUAGGGUUCAAAUGUGGGACAUCACUCACAAGAAAAUAGAUGGAAGUUAUGUUAAUGAAAAGGCUAAAGAAAUAGCGGAGAAGAUUGAAGCACAUAGUAGCCAACAACCGAUGGAAUCAACUGUUAAUUCUCCUCUUGAUGCUCUUGGAGUAGUUUUUGGGAAAGAGCACCCUGGUCGUGUUCGAGGUUUAGGUAUGGGAGUUGUUCCAACAAUUGCUUUCAAGAACAACACUACAAGGAUUAGUCAAAUGAAUUUAGGUUCUUCAAAUGAUGUUGGCACAUCAUCUACUUGUGGUUCAAAUGUGCAAGAAGAGUUAGAUGCCGUUAAAGCGCAAUUGCAAGCGCUAGUCUCCUAUAUUGCUUCUAAGGAAGGAGGUAAAAUUCCAAUACAAUUGGCUGGAAUGUUCCCUACUCAACAAGUUUCACAGGGAUUGGAUCAGGAGAGUGAGAUUCUAUCACCAAAAGAGUUAGGAAGUAGGUCUUAUGGAGCAAGCAACAAGGAAGCAUGACCUUGUUUGAUAUGUUAAGACGUAUAUUAAGAAUUAUAUGUUAAGACGUAUUAUUGAAAAAUGUUACUUUGAUACUUUGUUUUUGGAUUAUGACAUUUCAAUUAUGACUUGGAUUAUGACUUUUGGAUCAUGUAUGAAUUAAAAUCAUCAUAUGAUGUUUGAUUUAUGAC